CUGUUGUGUGUCAGCUGAUCCACUUGGACUGGCUAGGAAGAGAAUUAGCAGCAGGAAAACAGUGCUGGCUAGAUUAAACCAUGGCUGCGGAAAUCCAUUCGAGGCCUCAGAGCGCCAGGCCGGUUCUUCUGAACAAAAUCGAGGGACAUUCAGACUCUGUCACGGUAGCGGUUUUAAUCCCGAAGGAGGAUGGAGUGAUCACCGUCAGCGAAGACAGAACCAUUCGGGUUUGGCUGAAGAGAGACAGCGGUCAGUACUGGCCUAGCAUCUACCACACAGUCUCCUCUCCCUGCUCUUGUAUGUCAUACCACCAUGACAGCAGACGUAUCUUCAUUGGCCAAGACAAUGGAGCUGUUGUGGAGUUUCUCAUCUCUGAAGAUUUCAACAAGAUGAACCAUGUAAAAACAUACCCAGCUCACCAGAACCGAAUAUCUGAUAUGGUGUUUACCCUGGAGAGCGAGUGGUUGGUGAGCACCGGGCAUGACAAGAGUGUGAGCUGGAUGUGCACCCAGAGCGGCAGCAUGCUGGGGAGACACUACUUCACUUCCUGGGCCUCCUGCCUACAAUAUGAUCAUGAGACCCAGCACGCCUUUGUUGGCGAUUACUCAGGGCAGAUCACGCUGUUGAAGCUGGAGAGGCAGACCUACUCUAUUAUCACUACGCUGAAGGGCCAUGAAGGCAGCAUAGGAGCUUUGUGGUGGGAUCCCAUCCAGAGGCUGCUUUUCUCAGGGGCGUCUGACCAUAGUGUCAUCAUGUGGGACAUAGGAGGACGCAAAGGGCGGACCCUACUGUUGCAGGGUCACCAUGAGCGUGUUCAGGCCCUGUGCUACAUGCAGUUGACCAGGCAGCUGGUGUCAUGCUCGGCUGAUGGAGGCAUUGCCGUGUGGAACAUGGACACAGCCAGAGAAGAGGCACCUCAGUGGUUGGAAAGCGACUCCUGUCAGAAGUGUGAGCAGCCUUUCUUUUGGAAUGUCAAGCAGAUGUGGGACACCAAGACCCUGGGACUAAGACAGCACCACUGCAGGAAGUGCGGCAAAGCUGUGUGUGGUAAAUGUAGCUCUAAACGCUCCACAUACCCACUCAUGGGCUUUGAGUUCCCAGUCCGAGUGUGCGACCCCUGUUUUGACUCCAUCAAGGAGGAAGAUCGAGCACCACUGGCCACAUUCCAUGAGGGGAAGCACAACAUCGCUUGCAUGAACAUGGACCCAUCCAGAGGCCUGAUGGUCACCUGCGGAAGUGACCGCAUUGUGAAGGUUGUCAGUUCUUGUGAAGCCCCUCAUUUAAUGCAUGGAGUCAACCCAGCUCAAAGUGAAGUGGAACCUCGUUUUUUGUCAUGAAUCCGUUCCGAAUGGUCAGAUGAAAACUGAAAGCUGUUUUUCUUCAUAGGCAACAAUUAAAAUCCAAUUGAUCACUUCCAAACAGCUCACAAAAAUCACAUUUUACAGAGAACAAUUCUCAUUUUAGAUGUAGAAAACAAUGUAAACAGGUACCUACAAAUGAUGAAUGAAAUGGAUAAAUGAACUUUUAACAUGACCUUUACUGUUGUUGGUGAACACGGUGAUGAGUGGAGAGCGGAGGGGAAGGGACAGAAGAGCCACACGGAGCCGUUUCACUCUCGCCCAUCACAAAUGUAACCUUAAAAAGUGAACGACUAGAGCUGCAUACGUGCUCACCGGAAUUCAGUAGUCAACUUCAGCAGCAGGUAUAAUCUUCAUAAACCAGGAAGCUUGACAUCACAAUCCUGUUGUAACACACACUUUGCUAGGAGUUCUUUCUUGAAUUCAAUAGUGUGUUUCACCUUCUUUAUCAAAGCUCUGGCACUUGCAACCUCUCAGCACAGGGCGCAUAGUGCUGAUGAGCAAGAAGGAAGACAGAACCUGAGUUGUUCAUCGUGCGGUCCAUGAGCAAUUAAAUCACACUCACAUACAGUGAAAUGGGCGAAGCAGCCCACUGUGUUUAUGUUUUAAGGCUGUAAAACCCCCCACCAUUCUUCCUGAGAUUACAAGUAAAGAAAGAUGCCUUCCUACCCCCUUGCAGCGCUUUACAGUCUUUGUAAAUUGCAUAUUUUCAAUGCUGACCUGGCGAGCUUGUUGCUGUAUGGCUCACGACAUCAUUGCUUGUGUGCCGAUGAUAUUAUGGGAAGAAAAAAACGAUACCAAUAUCGACUGAUGAUAUCCCUGUUUUGAGCACCUUUACUGGACAAAAUGGAUGAAGGUGACACCCCCCGGUAAAAGUUUGGACUUUGAUUUUAUGAUGAUGAAGUCCUGCUGCGGUCAAAAAGGCAUCUAGCAUCUUUCCAAAGCUGUUUGAUAGAUGCUCUGCUUCCUGGCUACACAACAAAUACAACAUUGGAUUCCCCCUGAGGGAUUAUAAUCAGUAUAAGAAAUGAAAAAAUGACAGUUGCCAUUUCUUUGCGUCUUCUCAUCGGCUAUUUGUCUCCACAGAUCUGGGAUAUGACACAGGUGGUUGGCUGUAGCUUAGCAACAGGCUUUUCUCCACGCUGAUUGGUCCAGCUCCCUCUUCCGGUGUCAUGGAAACCCCUCUGUACAGUGCAUCAUUGCCAUCAUGCCUGGACUCUCCAGCUCCUGGGGGUUGUUGGUGUGUGCGUGUGUGCGCGAGUGCUGGUAGCGUACGUCUCCGUAGUCCUUUCCUUGAUCCUUAUGGAAUAAUCUUUUCAUUUCCGCUCCACAGGAAUCUGUGUGUGUGUGAUGUUUUUCUUACCCCGCACACACCACAGCACUAAGCACAACAGCGCGUGUAUGUUCUGUCAAAUUAAAGUUAGAUUUAUGUAAAUGUGUAGAUGUGCGCAUGUACCCCAAGUACUCCUCCUGUGGGACGAGUGUUGAUAUUAGUGUUUACAUUUAAUACUUCCGAUGCUUCUUUUGACACCUUUUAAAAAUCCUUGAAAGUACUGUGAUAGUCAAAAAUUCCAGCCCUGCCAUUGCAUGGUUCUGCUGCAUAUGCUUGCGUCUGCGUUUCACUUUGCAACAUGUACAAAACACCCUAUUUCGGUUUCUAGUACAAAUGUCCACUUUUAAUCCCCACUUUGCGUUUCUUUUUCACCAGUUGGCCUUAAAUCACUCUCAGGAUGUUUUCCACCAGUGGUGUCACCGGGCGGGGUCCUUCUUAUUUGAUGGUGUCGACAUGACCGCCUUGUAAAUCCGUGAUGUAUUGACUCUUAGCACUGACCCGUGCAUCCCUCAUCUGGUCACCAGUGAGGCUAAGGCGGGAGCAAGUUGCUAUAGCAACAGGUAAUCUUUGCAAAGUCUCACAUGCUUUUGUGCAGCAUCAUUAAACACUUGCUAAGGUGGAGGAACGGAGAAAGAUUGCACUGUUUGUAGGUACAUACACUAAUCCACGUGUGGCAUGGGCUCCAAUGCCUUCAGAGAAUGACUUGUGUAAGAUGCGUUGUUUGAGCUUCAUUGCGUUUCCUUUUUAUCACGAAGCACUUGGUUCAUGUGAAAUGACGUGUGUGGACUUCCCAGCUCUUACAGCUCUGCCUAUGUUCCUUCAGAAGCCUUAAAGAGAGAAGGGCACAUUCUCGAAGCCUUUUCUAGUGUCUUGUAAUAGUUUCUCUGGUCAUGAGUGUCUGGAUGUCUUUUUCUCUUUUGUUCGGAGUCAUGUUUUGUUUACCCCCCCUUCCCAUAAUCUCAUCCCUGCACUGAAUUGCACAACCCUUUCUUUGCUAGUUCAUAUGUGACUAAAAUAUGUUAUAGAAGCCUACCUUCCAUUGAAAUCCCUGAUGUCCAAAUGUAAUCACGUUCCAUUUUUUGGGAUUAUGUAGUGUAUAUUCACAUUUGUAGUAAAGUAUUUAUUAUCUAUGUAAAGGGUGUUUUUGUCCCUUUUUUAUGCCAGUAUGAGUCAAUACGUGGCUUUAUACAGUGACUCCCACCACCAUUAGUGUGCUGGGAGGGAGUGUGCCACGGAAAAUGAUUUUCCUUCAUUGGUUGUAAAAUUAUCUAUUUAGUAUGAAUAAUGUAUAUUUUGUCAUUUUUCUAUGGCAGUGAUGUGUAUUGACAGGCAGAACAAUUGAAUGGUCUUCCACGAGAUGGCAGAAGCCUAAUAUAGUUUUUGUGACAUUUUACCUCGGCUCAAUAAAGUUUGGGAAACUGCAUUAAUAAACACCGUAAUAGACCGCAGUGACCUACAGUUUAGAAUAGAUGACGUCAGGCUUAGCUUGACACUUUACCGAUAUUUGUAGAUUGUAUCAAAUAUGUAGAACGUGGUUAUAGCUCAUAGGAAAUGUUUGAAACAAGUCAACAAGUAUAUAAAUGGAAAAUGUAGUUCCAUCUUUCUAUAUAUUUUGUAUACCGCUGGUCCUGUUGUACAAUUGCAAACCUCCAUUUGUUUUUACCUUAGUAACAGUUUGAUUAAUGGAUACUUUACUAUGCUGCCUAGAAAGGCGCUAUUUAAAUAUAAUGAAAUAUUAUUGUAUUAUUUGAUGUUGAACUUCUUCGAAUUGGUCUGUCUUGUGUCCACGACGAUUUUCUGUUUGAAUCUCAUAUUUUGGAGUGUCAUUUCCUGUUUUGAUUCGUACGCGUCAGCGCGUUUUCAAGAUUCAAGAGUUUUAUUGUCAUGUGCACAGUGAGACAGGUAGUUCUACUAUGCAAUGAAAUUCUUAUUCUGUUCAUUCUCCCAAAAAGAAAGAAAACACAAGAAAAUGAAUAAGAACAGAAGAAACAUUAAUAACAAAUUAAGCAACAACAGAAGAGACAUUAAUACAAAUAAAUACAUAUAUAGUGCUAUAAGUGUGUGUGUGUUGCGUGCGGUGUGUGUGAGUGCUUCGUUGAGAAGCCUGAUGGAGAAGCCUGAUGGCCUGUGGGUAAAAGCUGUUUGCCAGCCUUGUGGUCCUGUAGCGUCUGCCUGACAGUAGGAGUGUGAACAAUGAGUGUUGUGGAUGUGUGCUGUCCUUGAUGAUGGAUGGCUGGAUUUUCAUCCAUCCAUGCUUUUUCUAUGCCGCUUAUCCUAAUUAGGGUCGCGGGGGUAUGCUGGAGCCUAUCUCCGCUGACGGUGGGCGAGAGGCGGGGUACAUAUAGACAAACAACCAUUCACACUCACAUUCAUACCUAUGGACAAUUUGGAGUCGCCAAUUAACCUAACAUAUAUGUUUCCGGAAUGUGGGAGGAAACUGGAGUACCCGGAGACCACCCACGCACGGGGAGAACAUGCAACGCCCAAGCGGAGAUUCGAACUUCUGUGUGGCCAACAUGCUAACCACUUGGUCACCGUGUUGCCUUCAGAUUGUUUUCAGCACGCUAUAGUGAGGGAAAUUUUGAUUCUUUUUAGAGAGCUGGUUCAUUUGGCUUGGCUCACUAAAGACAGCGGGCUCUUUUGGUUCCAAAGUGGCUCCUCAGAUUUUUUUGUUGUCUUAAAUUUAUUACCAAAUUAUGUGUAUUGUGUAAAAUGAAUUACUAAUGUAAAAAAUACAUGAUAUCAAACCUCAAUAAAGAGCUACAAAAAUAGAAUAUAAUGCUAUAUUAUGAAAUACAAAAACAAAGACCUGUCUCAAUAGACAAAUAUGUAAAAUCUCUUAAUGCAAAUUUGUCACGAACAAAUCGGCUCUAAGAGCACCACAAGUUGUUUAACGCUGCCACUCCCCCUGCUCGUUGUGCACACAGAGACACUGUCACACACCUUCACCAAUGACAUUCGCCUUUAACAGAUUAAAACACGAUACACGAGUCCCAACGAUGUAAACCGGCUCCUGUCGUUCAUUUCAAAGAACCGGUUAUCGGAGCCGAUUCGUUCGCGACCGACACAUCACAAACUCACGAAUCUGUGCUACAAUUAGCAUGCUA